AUGAGUUAAUAACUGUCUCAUUAAUGGGCUGGGAUAGUUCAGAAAUAAAUGGUUGAAAAAGUGCUAAAUGAGAAUUAAUAAAAAUAUGAUUAAUAGCAGAGAAAGCAGAGGUAUAAGGAAGAGUUGGAAACAGACAUGAAAUUGAAAUAAUAAAAAAAAAUAAUUUAACAUCAAUAGGACUAAUAAUUAGAAUCGUAGAUGUUAGAAACUCUUAGGUAAAGAGAAUCUAAGAAAUUAAAGGAAAUGGAACAAAGAAAAAUAAAACAAAUAGAAAUUAGUUUGGAGAAUCUCAAUCAUUUAUUAAUUCGAAAAAAAAUGAAUUAAGAGAGGUCAUAUUAAAGUUUAUUACUCGAAUAAGAGGAUAUUAAGCAGGAAAAAUUGAAGGAGAUUAAAAGUUUAGAAAGAAUCAAAAUCCUUAAGGAUGAAGAGUCAAAAAAAUUACGCGAAAAUUAUGAUUCUGUCAUCCAAUAAAAAUUGAAUUAAAAAUACUAAAUCAAAUCUAAGUUAUUAAAAGUACAAGAAACCGACCCAGAUUAAUUGGUUCAAGCUUAGAGAGGGGAGGGAUAAACGUACUAAAAUGAAUUAAAUAAGUAAUUAGAGGAAAAGAAAAGGAAAAUACUUGAGAUUCAAGCCAAAAAACAAGAAGAAAGAUUAAGAGUGGAACAGAAGAUAGCCUUUGAAAAAUAAAAGAUAUUAGAAAACAAAUUAAAAGAUUAUAAUAUGCAUAAACAAAAUGAAAAUGACAAUUACGAAUUAUAUAACCAAAGAAAACAAAUUGGACAUAGUUCAUCUUUGGAAUCAUACAAUAUUAAAUUAAAUGAUAUUAGCCAACAAAAACUUCCCCAAAUCUAUUCCGACAACUACUAAGCUUAAGAACGGAAUAAAUAAUUGCAUUUACUAGAUUAGGACUUGAUUAAAUAUUAGAAAUUGCAAUAGUAGUCACUCUAGUAAGAGUCGACUUACAACCCAAAUUAAAUUUCUAAUCAAGUAUUAAAACCAUAACAACCAGUUCAAACGCCUUUGAAGACACCACUCUCAUAAUCAUCCAAAUAAUCCAAAUAAUCAAAGAAAUCCAAAUAAUUAAUUAAUCCCCUCCAUCAAGAAGGUCCCGGAUACUCAUAAAUACAUCAAAGUAAAACCUAAACUCCUAAAUCGAAAUAGUCAAAGAAAUCACUACCUCUAGCAAUUGAGAUUACUGAUUCUUCAAACCAGUAGCUGAGACCAAAAUACAAAAAUUAUAAUAUCUUAACAGGAGUCUUGCAUAUGUAAUGA